AUGAAGGCCUCUGCAGCACGCAAGAGGCAGCAGGAGGAGCCUGCAUUUCCGUUGCCCCCCUUUUCAGCGCAGUGUCUCCCGAUUCAAUGCGGAUUUCACAAAGGAAAGAUUUCAGGGGCCCCUCAGCCAGAGGCUCAAGCGGGGCCCCCGCUGCCGGCGGACAAGGGGGCCUCGUACCUGGCGGAGAGCCCUUGGGGCCGAUUGCACACAGAGAGCAAGACGUGUCUUUCCCCCAAAAAGCGCAAGAGUCACUGGAGAUCUCGGCAGCUCACAGCCUCUAAAACAGCGGCAGCAGGCAAGGCAGAUGACUUCUUGCGCUGGGCACCCUUGAAAGCUCGAUGCAGCAGCAGCACGAAGGGCCGCAGUCGUCGGUGUUCGGCAGCAGCAGCAGCCAGCCUAGUGCAAAAUAUUGGCAUUUGCUGCAGCAGCGGCUGCGAAACCGAAACACUGCAGUCUACUUGCGCCUCGGGGAGGGACGAGCCGAUAGCAGGCAGUGCGUCCCCACGCGCCUAUGCAAGAAAGAGGCAACCAGAAACAGCAAGGCGAAGGGAACAGCAGGAGGCUGCUACUUCAGAGGCGGUGAUAAUGCCACCCUACGACGCUUCGUGCACCCUACUGCAUCCCACCCCAUGCAUGACACAAUCCGAUGCCCCCCAACGAGAGGAGGAGCAAAAGGAGGAAGCCUGCUGUCGCUUGUGGUCACCUGUUCAGCGCCAGCGGCAGCGUGGGUUGGCAGCAGCGGCAUCUCUGGAGACACUAGCAGCGGCGACACCGCACGGCUCCGAUCCUGCGACGUCAUACACUGGCGACGCGCACGAGAAGCUCAGUGGGGCCCCUUUCUCAGACACUGCACCCGAAUGCCGUGCAAACAUGGAUGGUUUCGCCGCAGCUGAUGCUUCCCGCUCGGCCUAUUUGCGUGAAGAGUUGUUGCACCGAGCAGAGGGCCGCUACACCGCUGUCUUUGUUCCCGUGGACAGACACUUGGCUGAACAGGUUAACGGCGACUUCGUGGUGUCUGAUAUAAGCAGGUACCCUGUCAAAAGCACGCCUUGUGGCAUUGUUUUCUACUCUCCCCGCUAUGCCGAUGAUCGUUACAUUUAUCGACACGUCCUGCUCUCCUCUGGAGUCAGGCGGGCUGCUGAAGAACUCGCUAGAACUUCGAGGAAUGGCUUCUUGACAGAGGGGCAAUUCAUCUAUCAACUGGGCAUCCACCUGUCUCCUGGCUGGGAACACUUCAUGCGGUUCAGAGGGGAGUUGCGGGAGCUAAUCCUCCGGAGACCACAGCAAACGGAAGAUUCUAAGGCCACAGACGCCCCCUUGCUUAGCGAUGAGGUUUCAGAGGACAGCGACGACUCCGAUCUAGACGAGCGCGUGGAGGCAAUGGGGACAGCAGCGACAGAACCCCGAUCUCCAACGACUAGGCAACAAGAAUUAGGACAGCUGCUAAAGCAUUUAGCACAAAUCGCUAAGAGUCAGCAAAUGCGUCAGCAGCAACUAAUAGAGCAGCCGCAUUCGCAGCAGCGGACCAUGGCCUUGGCCGUGGAACAGGCACAGCGACUUUUACUUUUGAUUAUCCAGCUGCGACGGACCAGCAAUCAGGAAAAGCAAUGGUCGCAGCAGCCCUAUGAGGCAGCUGAGAUAAUACGGCGACAAAUUCAGGGGGUGUAUGCCAACAUCCUUAUGCCUUGGUCUGGGAUAGCCACGCAUCCCAGUGGGGAUAUAUUGAAUAUGCGGCAGCAGCUCCUGCUGAGGUGUGCUGCUGCUCUUAGGCAGCAGGUCACAGAAGUGGCAGAUCAAGCAUUGCUGCAGCUCAAGUUGCUCCUGCAGCACAAGACGUUUUUGCAAAACAAGCUGUUGUGGGUUCCCCGUCGCGGAGUAGAAGGAUUUAAUCAGGAUCUGUACAAUGCCCCAUUGAAGGCAGUCCGUAGGGAGACACUAAACUCCAGACUAAGAACACCCCUGAUAGAAAUUUGA